AUGAGGCAUACGAACAUCCUCCUGAUCUCUCUAGUGCUCAGCGCUGCCUGCACAUCGGCGCGGCCGCUCGGAACAGGUACCCUCGGCGGCAGCGCCACCGCCGGCGACAACGGCGGCGUCUUCACCGAUGGCAAGUACAUCAAAGGCGUCCCUAUUCUCCGCACCACCGGCUAUUCCAGGUUUGACCGGUCAACCGGCAACCUCCUGAACGCCGACGCCAACCAAGCGGCAGCCCGGGAGGGCAUAACCAAUUUCCUGGUGGACUCCCAGACCGCGUACACCGCCGCCCGCAUGGACCGCAACACGCGCGGGCAGCUGACAUCAGAGUAUACCCAGUCCGCCAUCCGCGGCGGCAGCGCAGCGCAGGGCACCGCGGCGGGCAGCGGAGUGACCAACCUCUGGUCGAACGCGGCGGGCGCGCUCAAGAUGGGGAGCAACACGAGGCGCGCUGAGCUGGCGGGCGACAGGACGGCCGCGGCGAUCAGGGCCUCCCUGGACAACCCCAAUGACGCGUUCCGCGCCACGGCCACUGGCGCUGUCCAGGCCAAUUCAGUCGCUUGGAGCCAGAACUACAACGGCUGGUGA